AACACCCACAAUAAACAAACGUCUCACUGGUAGAGUUUUAUUUGCAACGUAUCAGCAGCUAGACUAAUACAGACUUAAGAACUCCAAGGAACAAGACGUGCAGAUUGUUCCUCACAAGUCCAUGAAAAACAACUGGAAUCUUGACUAUGUUCCUCAGAAUUUUCAAAAAUAACUUUUUUUUUUUUUUUUCUUGAUGCAAGCACACAGCAAGGAAUUUAUGUUUGAAUGUUUCUCUUGGUGGAUACAAAUUUCAUGUUUGCUGAAGUGCAGCGUUAAGGUUUUGAGAUGCGAUGUGUUCUUUGACAGCUGAGCAACAUGCUGAUGAUCUAAGACAAGAAUCGGGGCACGUUCACCCUUCUGCCCUGAACACUGGGAGAGAUGCGCACAUGGAACUCAAACUGUUCUGGACCCUGAGCCGACAGAGAGGUGGUGCUCCCCAAUGAGAUGCCAGAGUCCUGUGUGUGUGUGUGUGUGUCCAAUGAGGUGGUUGCUCCCGUGGGCUGACCUCAGGGACUGUGGCACAGCAUGCUCCAGCACAGGCAUGUCCAGGAGUUCUGUCUUGGUCCUCCAGCUCUCAAAGAGGCCCUGAUAUCCAGCAACGCUUUCCUGAAGGAUCUUUACUCCUGCACAUAUUCUCACUCUGAGAGGCUCUUCUUAUCUGAGGCAUACAAUCCCAACAGAGUGCUGUUUCAGACUCUCCUGAUAAGGACACCAUUUGAUUGGAUUGUCAGCCAUCCUGAAGAGCCUCAAGACUUUGAAAGCUUCUACAACUCCACACAAUGGCACCAAUGUAACUCCAGUAGGAAGAAGAUAUAUCUGCAGCCCAUAGAUGUGGAGGAACUGAAGCAGGGAGCAGGGAUUUCAUUUUUGGAUGACCUUAAGUCUUACCUUGAGGCCUUUUUUCUGGGCUUCCCUGUGAUGUCUCUUCCAUCCAUAUCCACAUCUUCCAUGAAGUGCCGUUUUCGUCAGAAUGAACUCUCCUGCAAAGUCCAGCUCCACACAGAUUCCAUCUUAAGACACCUUCAGCAACUAAAGCCCAUUGAUGCAUUCUGCAUGCUUGGGCUUACCUUCAUUGACCUCUACCCUUGUGACACUUGGAACUAUACCUUUGGGAAGUCAGCAUGUGAACUAGGAGUGGGAGUGUGCAGCUUCUCCAGGCUCUUAGGAGGGCUCAGCACAGUAGAGGAAUCUGGGAUGGCUGAGCGGGCAGCGUUGGUGAUGGAGGGGGCUGGUGGCAGACAUGACAGGCGAGCUCGGCCUGCGCAGCCCCACGCUCUCACUGCGACUGAACUGCUGCAGUGCUGCAAGGUUGUCAGUCAUGAGGUGUGUCGCUUAGCGGGGCUGCAGAACUGUCGCUGGCUGCGCUGCAUCAUGCAAGGAGUGGCCAGCCCCGAGGAGUCACUGCUCCGGCCCAUGCACCUCUGCCCCAUCUGCCUAAGGAAGCUGCACUACGCGCUGGGCUUCAGCCUGCUCCAGAGAUACAGAAGACUCCAGGCAUGGUGUCAUCAUAUUGCUUUCACUUGGACCCCUAGAGGAAGGACCAGGCACGUUUCUACAGAGAUUGACUACCACCUCAGCUGUGACAUAGGAGUAGAGGGCACACCCCAGCCUGUGUCAGCCACCCUGGAGCUUAGCAUCCCAGCAGUAUCAGUCUCCCAAAACAGGCUCCAUGGUGAGGGAUCAGGCGCUGGCGCCCCUCUCCCUCCUGCCGCCAGGACCCAAGGAGAGGGGCUGGCAGCUAUGUCCGGGGUGGAGCUCUACGCUGACCUCCUGGGGGACUAUGAGGCCUGGCUGGACUCCUGCAUGAGGGCGCUACAGGUGGAGGUGCCCGAGGAUGAGCUCUCUCAGCUGGAUCGUCUGGUGGAUGCCAUGAAAGCGCCCAGAAUCCACCCAGCCCGGGCACCCUCCCUCAGGGCCUCUCUGGAGCCGCCCAGAGAGGAGUGGAGCGUGAAGAGAGUCGUUGGACAGAAGUUUGCCCAGCUGCUGAGGAAGCUGAGAUUCAGGCAGCUGAGGACAGAUCACUCACACGAUGACAGCGAAGAUUGACAGCAUGACGAAUAGCCCUGACAGUAAGCCCUCUUAAAAAAUAUCAGUCAACUGAGGGUGUCAAAGCCCUCAAAGUGCUGAAAAGGAAUGAGAAAGGCAGGGAACCAUGUGAGGAGGAGUGAAACAGCACCGCAGUGGUUUAAUCCAAGAAUCAUACUCUGUUUCCCCGUGUUCACAUUAUUGACGGCACCAUUAUGUGGCCUAGUCCGUCAGCUAUGCAGUCAAGCUCAGAAUAAUUGUUCUCCGCAUGCCAGCAAUUUCACAUUCAAAUCCCUCUGGCUCUUUUUACCAGGUCAACAGAUGCACUUUUAAUGAGAUUAACUCCAGCACAGUCUACAAAGACAGUAAUAUGUUUGUCACCAGUAUUACAGAACCAUAUCUAUAAAGGCUGUAAACCUUUGUAACACUGUGCCUACCAAAGUCAUUGGAAAGGUUUAUUUUUUCUCAGUCAUUUCCAAUGGCCAGUGAAUGAAAUGUAAUUAUGAAUGUUUCAGUUGUACAAGAUAACUUAAUAUAUUAGUAUAUUAGUAGUUCCAAUACAAUAUUCCAGUGUUCUACAAGUAAUUAAAUCUGAAAAAACAGUUCUGAUGUUAUCAAAGUAAAAAUGACCCAUGACCAAUUGGAUGCAUUGUCCAUAAUUAGUGGUAUUUGCAUAUGUAUGAGUACACGUAUAGAUUUCAUGCAAAUAAACGCAAAGAAUUACCAAGGGGUACCAAUGAGGUGCCACAACCAAA